AUGGCCGCCGGAUGUACAUGUGGGCGCCAGAGACAAGUGGAGAGACCCCUCCCCCCCGAUCACAGGCCAAACAUCAGUCGCAUGUGCAUGUGACAGGCAGAACGAGGAUCAGCUCGACCCACCGGCGUCUGGAACAUUCUCUGUAGUGCACGUGCAACAGCAGACAUGCGCGCGGAGCUGGCGUGAGAAGUCGCACCGCACCCUCUCCGUCUGCUUGGGUCCCCCACAUCAGGUAUCGUUUUUCUCUCGCCACUCCCCUCGCCUCACCUCUCUCCCUCCAAACCCCUCACCUUGCGCUGACACACACACACACGUGCACGUGCAUGAGCGAGGCUGCGGAGGAGAGAGGAGGAGGCGAAAGGCUGAGGGGGCUUUUGUCUCGUGCGAGGAGAUCCGGCAGCAGACUUGAUGAAGAUUAGAUGUUGCACUCGCACACCUCGGCCAAAGGCAACCGUUGCAGGCUGGGCGAGGUGUCGCAUUCCGUGGCACUGUGUCACGUGGCUAAGUCACGUGGCUUACGCAUUCUGGCGGCUGAUCGAGUCUUAAGAGAAGUCGGUGCCAACUGCGGACCACCACAACAACAACAACAACAGGCCACAGUGGGGCAGCCAUGUCACCCUCGUCCCUCAUCGUCAUCCUUGGGGUGAUGACGGCCAGUCUGAGGUCACGUGGACUUUGCGCAGUUAUCCUCCUUCUGACCUUGGAAAUUCGGAGAAGGAGCUCGCGCAGCUGCGAGAAGAGGACGCGUUUUCACGAGAUCUCCACGCCGCUGCCCCACAAGACCUCAUCCGUCUUUGACAGAAUAGAGAAAGGUCAAGCAGAAGACAGAAACAAACUUCCGGUUGGCGGGGAGACUUCACGCGUUGAUGACGUGAGAGAAGACCUUCAACCGGACCUAACGGUCAGUGACGCUGAGCGCGAGCAUGCUGACAGAUGGCGUGACGUCACGAGUGACGUGGCUGGCGGCAAACAGAACGGCGAGGAGCCAGUGGACUGGACAAAGCAGGGAGAGUCCCACAUCCGGGUCAUCGAGGUCAAUCAGACCUUGUACCUUAACAACAGUGGAGUUGAUGAUGAACAGCAGUUUCAGCCAGUGCGCAUGCCAGACAAAUUUGAAAACUAUGACGUCGACGGGGACGGCCGAAUCACGUUGUCCGAGCUUCGCUACGUCACUGGGGCCACGGAGGGGGCGGCGGAGGCCUUCAGUGCUGCAGAUGUCGAUGGUGACGGCUUGCUGGACGAGGAGGAGUUCCAGGCCACCAUGUGGGGGAGGGAUGCUAGUGAGCCCCAGCAGCGCACUGUCAUCCUGAUGCCGUCAGAGGACGUCAGACCCUCCGAGAUUCCCCGAGUCGCUGACAGUCCUCCCGUCCAUCCCCCCGUACAGUCUUCUCGACCCCCCGCACGAUGGCGGAUAGGGCGAGCCUGGAGUGGUUAGACGGCGCCACUGGCUUACUGGCGACUGCUUUGCUUCAGGUGUCAUGAGCACGUGCUUCCCCCCAGGACUUGAGAAUCUCUUGUUCUACAGUCUGACGUACACACAGCUCACACUUUACACGCACAGCCAGGUGACACAGUUUACACACACAC